GUGCUUGCGAACUAUACAGCCGCCUCGUAAUUCUUCUAUAGCUUAACCCCCACAUUAUCGGACUGUAUUAUAAAGAAACAUUUUUUCUUUUUCUACCCUCUUUUAAUUGCUUUCGAAUAUGAUCGGAAACAAGUAAAUAUAUGGCUUCUAAAUAUUUCUAUUUAUUAGAGCUAUAUUUAUUUAUUUAUAUUCUUGCAACGAAAGUGAACCGGUGGAAACGAUACAAGAGAGAAGCAAAACCGGCGAAGAUGUGACUAUGAAUUUAAUUGUACCUGGACUGAAUUACUUUCUUUAUAUAUAUAUUCAUCUAAGGAAAAUUAUAUGUACGUUUACGAUAUGUAAAACACGGCCUUACGUUCUUUUUUAAUGGAUAUAUUAUUUGACAAAUAGUCAUCUUUUAGAAUUAUAAAGGGGGACACUUUUAGAAUUAUAAAAGGAUACUUAGAAUUUUUAGAGAUCUAAUUUACCUGCUAUGGGUAUAUUACGAACGUACUCGUAGUGUCCUCUAGUAGUAAACCUAUUAUAAAAAAUGUUAUCAAAAUAGUAGGAAAGAAAGGCGGUUUCUAAAGUGACGUUUUAAUUUGGUUAACACGUGUGUUCUGCUUGUCAAGUUUAACAAGUUUUAAUGGAAGGAGAUACAAAAAUUAAGCAAGUAUGCCGAGUUUGCGGUGGUACACAAUUUUCCAAGGAAGCCGGUUAUUUUUAUUGUGAAAUCUGUCAAACACAAAAUGAGGAAAUAAGAGAAGAAGUAUUGGAAAUUCGUGCAGAUCCAACUACGAAACUGCGAAAGAUUACAAUAAAACAACAGAAAGACCGAAAACAUGGUGAAAAUCAAGGGUGGACAACAUGGGAAAUAUAUAAUUUUGUUUUAAUUGGAUUAACCGAUGAACUGAUUGAACUUGGUGCUUCGCCGGAUAUAAAAUUGACUGUGCUACAAUUAUGGGCAGCAUAUUUAAACAAACUCGAAGUUGCAUUCAUUUCGAUAAACAAGAAAUGUGUACCAAAACUAUCUAAAAGAUAUCGUAAAAAAGAUGCAGAAAUCAUUUAUGGCAAAGUUCGAUCACAAAGGAAGAUUAGAAAACGGAAUAGAACAAAUAUAAAUAGUGCAAGUAAUUCUAUGAUUUCUGGUACUCAAAGUGAUGGUGGUUCACAAAUGUUUCAUAGAAACAAGAAACUCAUGAUAAAUGCAGAUUAUGAAAAAUAUAUGAAAUCUCAAACAAAUUCUGAUGCUUUUAGUGCAAUUACUCAAAGUGGUUACAGUUCUGAUGGAGGAACAUCAAUUGAAGCAGAAGGAAAGGUGUCCUUUAGCAAACAUGCACAAGAGGAAUCUAAAAAAAUAAAAGAAUUAUCAAAAAAAAUUCCUUAUGGAAAAAGGAUUAAAUACAGAGAAACACAUAUUACUACUCAAUAUAAAGCAGGACCAUAUAUAAUUACAGCAAUGAAACUGUGGGCUAUUGUUUAUCUUGGCUUAAGAAUUCAUAAAGAACCAAUACAGUUAAGUGAUAUGUUAAGAUAUGCAAGAGAGGGUCAUAUGUCUUACUAUAGAUUAGAUCAUUUAGUUCCAUCUGAAGUGAAACUGUCUCAGAAUGAUGUGAAUUUUUUAACACAAAAUACAGAGAUAACCCAUAAGGGUAUGAGAAGGAUAGCUGCAAGUAUGGCAAAAUUUAUUGGAAUUAAAAAAAUGAGUUGUCCAAAUCUUUUUCCACUGAUCAGUCGUUAUUGUCAGGAAUUAGCAUUACCAAGAGGAGUACUACUAUAUGCUGAAAGAUUUAUUGCUCUCUCUCCUCCAACAAUGAUUUUUGAUUUUAAAAGGCCAUACAUCCCUAACUAUGAAGCACGUGCCAUGGCAUUUAUUAUAGUUGUAUUAAAAGUAUUAUUUGGAUUGGAUGGUAUAACGGAGAAUAUUAUUAGUAAGACUGCAGAACAUAUUAAUAAUGUAGCUAGAAAACGAGAUGUACUUGAUAAAAAAUUAUUUAGUUUUUGUGAAUGGCAAAGAUACAUUGAAUGUAGAAAAAAUAUUUUAGUAAAUAACCAUUUUCCAACAAAAUUGAAAUACAAUCCAAGCAUACCGCUAAAAAAUCAUAUGUACUUUAAAUUUUUGGAAUUUAUUAAAUCAAAAAAAGAUGGAGAAGCUCCAGAAAUAACUAAUUAUAAGCAUCUUUUUCCACGAGAUCUUUCUGAUGCUAUGAAACGGUGUUUUGAAAAAUUAAAUCAAGAUAACACACCAUCAGAAGACAUGACAAUAUUUACUCCAUCGUUAACUCCUUUUCAUUCUUAUCUUCAACAACUUUAUGAUAAUGCCUCCAACGAAUUUCCUGAUAUAUUAAAAACUGACUUUUAUGUAACAAAAGUUGGGUACAUGACUCAUGUCAAAGAUUUUAAGCAACUUGCUGCACAAUGUAAUAUAAAUUUAGAAAUUAUAAAUUCUAGAUCACAUUUUAUCGAUAAAAUUGUACCUUUCUUUGAACCAAAUAAGAUGACAAAUUUAUUGGAACUUAAAGAAGAUGUUCGAGUACAUGAUUAUAUUAAAUCAGAAGAAGAAAAUGUAAAAAAGAUAAAAAAUUUUGUUAGUUAUAUGGAUAAAAAUAUACCUUGCUAUACUAGAAUUAACGAUACAAAACUACAGCAUUUUGAUGAUGUACAAAGUUCGUUUAAAAAGAUAACAAAUUUCGAAUGUAAUGAUCAUAAUGAUUUUAUAUUUGGAGAUGUUUUACCAAGUGGUAAAUUAUUAAUACCCAAAGAAGAUAAUUCUGAAUCGGAAGAUGACGUAUUAUAUCCUAAAGAUACUGAAAAAAAAACUGAAUUUAUAAAUAUAGAAUUUUAUCAGAAAUAUAAUAUUGAAUUAACACAUUAUGAACAAGAAUCAAUGCUUAAACCACAAAAAGAGGAAACUGUUGAAGAUUUUAUGAAACGUAAAAUGCAUCAAUUUCGUGAUUCAAAAGGAAAAUUUAUAAAAGCUGUAGAAGUAAAAAAAUUUAUGAAUAUGUAUAAUUUCAUGAAUCCUAAUAUAAUAGAUAAUUUUAAUUUCUAUGAAUUACAUAAUUUUACUGGAUUAAAUUUUGAUGUUAGCCUGAAUCAAUCUGAUAAUCUUGAAAUGGAUAUAUUCAAAGAGUCAUAUGAUAUAUUGGAAAAACAAAAACAAAUAUUUGAUAGAGAAUAUAAUUAUAGUGGCAAUUUAAAAGAUUUGGAUGAUUGUUUAGAUUUAUUUGAUAUAUCUGAUAAUUUAGAUGAAAAUCAAGGUAUCAAUGAAACAAAUUUUCCUUUAAACAAGGACAUAGAUUCCAUCGAACAAAAACUUGAUAACAUGAAAUUUUACUGUCCUUUUCAAGAUUACUGGAUGUAUCACUGUAUAUUCAGUCGUGUCAAAGGGAAAAAUUUUGAAUUAUUUGAAAAAAUUUUACCAAGAAGUUUUCGUUGGUUAUUAAAUGAAGCUGCGAAUAUUUUAGAAAUGACUACAGAAGAUUUAUAUGAAGAAAUCUGCAUAAUAGAAAGUUUUUAUUCACAAAUUUUAAAUCCUGAUGAUGUACUUGAAGAUUCUCCGAGAUUACAUCCCAGUCUCAUUAUUAGUAAAUGGUAAAAUUUGUAUUAUAGUUUAGGCAACUUUAUAUAAAAACUUAAUUAUAUAUGUAUACACAAAUGAUAUACAAAUAGAUUUUAUAGAAUAUAUACUUAGUUUUAUCUAUCUAAUCUAUUUGUUAUAUUUUAUUUUGUUUGUAUACAAGAUUGAACGUGGUGCUAUAUUUAUAAAAGAUAAUUUAAUAAAAUAUUCAAAAGAAAUUUAAAUAAAAUAUAUAAAUUCAAUAAUUAACUGUCUUAUAUUAGUCUUGAUAAAGCAUAAAGUUAUCUUCGAAUAAUGUUGUGAAGACAUUAAAGUUUUUCAUUACUGUUCGUUUCUACAAUAUUUUUGAAGUAUAACCCAGAGUUAUUUUUUUCUAUCGUUUCUCUAAUAGAGUAGGAAACAAACCUAUCGAUAGUAGUAAAAUCCUAUUUUAUCGAUUUACAGAUAAUAGUUUCCUGUUUUACCAACUAUAUUCUAACAUGUUAUUAAUUCUUAUUUAUUCUUCGAAAAAAAUCAUGUCACAAAAUGUUAUUUUUUGCGACAAUAGUUUAUGCAUAAAAAUAAAACUUUUUAAAAAAUUCGUAAAGGCAUGUCCGUGUUGUUCACUAUCCCUGGUUCUAUAAUGAUUUACGCUAUUAAUGAGAACAGGUGUAAUUCUUGACCGAUUUUGAUAAACAAGAUUUCAUUUUAAAAACGAAGUUUUGAUCUAGGACAUAUUUUUCUCGAAUUUUUAAAAAAGCUUUAUUUUCUUUGAAAAAAAUUAUAUUAGAAAAUAGCAUUUUUCGAGAAUAGUUUAUGGACAAAUAAAAAGCUUUUUCUAAAAUUAGCGCGAGAAACUUAAAAUAAUUUCAAUUUAAAAUUCCAAUACUUCAAAAUUUUCAUUUCGAGAUUAUUGGCCAUGUGCUAUAUCGACAUAUUCGGACUUUUUAUUAACUUUUAUGAUUACCGGAUCUGUUCUUCUUGAACUUUCAACGAGUAAAUAUCAAAAGUCUCUCAGUAUGUCUUUGCUGCAAGUAUCAAUGAAGUAUAUUUUUAUAUCAUACGUUUCUUCAAUAAUUUAUACAGUUUCUUAUUAUAACGGUGAUACUAAUAAUUUUGUUUUUAUUUUUUCGAACAUCGAAAAUGUUUCAUUUCAGAACAUCAUUGUGUUCUAAAUUAAAAAUAUCGCGAAGUAGAAGCAGUGUUUGUUCGUUUGCAUUUCACGAUUUAAACAGCAAGUGUUUUUGCAUCAACUACGUGCAAUACAGUCCCUCCGAUCAUUCAUGUCGAGGACAAAAGGUCCGAAUCGGUACUUUGAAGUAGCUAGUACAUUGCAUGGUUCCAAUCGUGAUUCGAUCAAUAGACUUUCUGGCAACUUAAAGGAACACCAGUUGAUACGUAUUUCCGAAACCGAUAACCGAAAACGAAGAAGGUGUCAUGUAUAUUAUAAUAACAAACAAAUUAGGAGAAUAAAUUUAAUGUGUAAGUCUUGUAGAAUUGUAUUACACCUUGUAGUACGAAGUGAUUGCUUUGCUUCGUAUCAUUUGAAAGAUAAAUACUAAGUACUUAACAAAAAUUUAUUAAAUAAAUAUUUGAUUCUAACACAAAAAAAUCUUGUACUUAUUUAUAUAUCUGUAUCUUCACAAUUUCGAUCAAAUAGAGGGACUAAAUAGAGAACUGCCGAUGAGAUUUGUAAAACUUCCUCGAAAAAUUGCCGGCGACAAGCGAAAUGAUGUGAGUCACUUCUUCUGGCGCGAAACGAACAAUUCUUGAUUCGAUUUGCGGACGAUAUAGCGUUAACACACACAUGAAUGUUGCGGACGUGAUUAAAAGUUCUACUGAGGAUUUUAUUGUUCGAAAUUCGAAAAGCAGGAACGGUCGUGCUUAAUAAUCCGUUAUGUUUGAAGGUGACGAUGUUGGACGGUAAACGGGGUCUCAUACAUCUUCUGUUAGUUAAGAAGCCUGAAGUUCUCGAAGAGGUAAGACAUAGCGAAUUGGUACCAUGAAACGUGGACUUUAGAGUAGAGUUAACGUCAGUCCAUGGAUUUCCAUAUGCACCAACUUACAUGUAGUGAGACCUGGAUCGGUAGUACUUACGUUAUAUUGAAAUUUAAUUGUAAAUCACGCAACGCAAGUAUUACCGGGCGAAUGGCUGCAUAUUUCACUAUAUUUUCAAAAUCUCUUUAAAUUAAUUCUGAUUAAACACUAAAUAUUAACACUUUACAUUACCAAUAGUACUUCUACAGGAAAAUAGAUAAGAUAUAGUUAAAUUCAAAGAUAAUUUCUUUAAAUUCGCAAAUUUAUAUAUU